AUGACACAUCUAGUUGAAGUUUUGAAUGCUGAUCCAACUGCAUUGUUUAAUAAAGAAUACUUGCAAAACAAUAUUUCUAUAAACGAUGUAAAAGAGCAUUUAGAUAGGACUAUCAAAUUAUACAAGACACAACUGUCCGUUAAGGUGCCCUUGGAUGAAGUUACCGUUGAUGGUUUAGAUGCCAAUCAAGUUUGGUGGCAAUCAAAAAUCAUUUUGGAUAAUAUUCAAAGUUCAUUACUGGAAAAAAUAAAUGAUUUAAAAAAAUUACUCGAUAGGCAAGAGGGUAUUUCUGAAGAAGAGGAAGAGGAAGAGGAAGAGGAAGAGGAAGAGGAAGAGGAAGAGGAAGAGGAAGAGGAAGAGGAAGAGGAAGAAGAAGAAGAAGAAGAAGAAGAAGAAAAGAAAACUAACGGUUUAAGUGAGAUCAACUCUGAUGAAAAUACCAGUGAUAGUAGUGUUCCUGAAGAUCAGUUUCAAGAUGCUCGUGAUAUCUCGAGUAUUAUCGAGAAAAACAAAAAUGAAAGUAAUGAAGACGAGGAUAAAGAGGAUAGUAAAGACGAUGAAUUUUUCAAUGCAGAAGACUUUGCUAGAAAAAUGGAAGAUGCAGAAGCUAAAGGUGAAGAUAUUUUUGGAAAUAACAAAACCCACGAUGAAGAAGAAAAAGAGGAUAUUGACUACUUUGGUGACAUGCCCUCUGAUGAAGACGAGGAAGCAUUAUAUUACAAUGACUUUUUCGAUGAACCAACCAAAAACAAAAAAAAGAACCGGAAAAUACAGAAUCAAGCUAAAAAAGAUACUUUAGACACUUUGAAAGAGAAAGACCUUGAUGAAGAGGAAUAUGACAAUAUUAUGAAUACUGUUAAGUUAGAUUUAUUUGAUGACGCUAAAGCAGCCUCGUCUGAUGGCGAAGGAGAGGGAGAUACUAGGGAUAGUAAGUAUUUAACAACUUUUGAGCGUCAACAACUUGAAAUCCAAAGACAAAUAGCACAGUUAGAAAAAGAAGCUGUAGCUGAAAAGAAGUGGGCAUUAAAGGGUGAGGUAAAGGCAAAAGACAGACCUGACGACGCGCUAUUAGCCGAAGAUUUAGAAUUUGAUAGGACAUCCAAACCUGUUCCUGUAAUUACCAGUGAAGUAACAGAAUCUUUAGAGGAAAUGAUUAGGAGAAGAAUCAAGGAAUAUAAUUUUGACGAUUUGCCAAAAAGACUCUUAACAGAUGUUGCUAAAUUUAAUCCAAAACCAUUACUAGAAUUAAGUGACCAAAAAUCUUCCAAAUCCUUAGCUGAAAUCUACGAAGACGAUUAUAAAGGAAUUACUGAAGAAACAGAAAUAACAGAAGAAAUGCAGAAGGCGCACGAUGAAAUCAACAAUAUGUUCAAAGAUUUAAUGUAUAAAUUGGAUUCUUUAUCUUCAGCACACUUUGUUCCUAAACCGGUGGAAAAAUCCUUGGAAGUGAAAGUGCAAACUGCUGCCAUUACCAUGGAAGAUGCUCAGCCAUUGACUCUGUCCUCUGCAUCCACAUUAGCUCCUCAAGAAGUAUACAAGGUCGGGAAGUCACAAAAUACGAAUGAAAUUACAUUAAAGGAUGGCACCGUAAUGUCUAAGGAGGAAUUGAGUAGGGAGGAUAAGAGGAGAUUGCGUAGGGCUGUUAAGAGAAAGAGGGCAAAAUCAUUUGCUACUAAUUCCAAAGAACCACCAAAGAAAACUAAGAAACAAAACGUUAUUGAAACGUUAUCCAAAGCCAAGAAUGUUACAGUUAUCAAUAAAAAGGGUGAAAAAACUGAUGUGCAUGGCAAUGUCCAAAAAUCUUUUACUAAGAAUACAAAUGAUUUAAAACUUUGA